AUGACUUAUACUGAAACUCAAGAAAGGUCUAAAAAAAGACUUAGAAAUAGUUAUGAAUUAGCACCAAGUUUAAAAAAAUUGAAAGCAAUAAAUUCACCACCUCCAAAACCUGAAUUAAUUGAACCUUUACCAGAAAUUACAUUCAAUCAAAAUAAACAAUCAGUAUUAUCAAUAACUAAUUUAAAAGAACCAUUAAAAUUACAAUUAGAAUAUCCAAUUCCAGAAAUAAAUGAAUAUGAAAUUUUAGUAUCAAAUAAAGCAAUAGGAUUAAAUCCAAUAGAUUGGAAAGGUCAUAAAUAUGGAUUUAUUAAAUUAAUACCAAGAAUUGAUGGUAGAGAAUCUUCUGGUAUAUGUGUUAAAAGAGGUUCAAAAGUUGAAAAUUUUAAAAUUAAUGAUAAAGUUAUAAUAAGUUCAACAAGUUAUAGAGAUUGUAGAACUUCUACAUUUCAACAGUUUACUGCUAUUGAUUCAAGAUUAUGUUGGAAAUUACCUAAUAAUUUUUCAUUUGAAGAUGGUGCAACUAUAGGAGUUGGUUUAGUAACAGCUGGAAUAAUAAUUUAUAAUUCUUUUAAAUUUGAUCUAAAAUUAAAUCCACCUAUUCAUAAGAAUAAUCAAAAAACAUUAUUAAUCUGGGGUGGAUCAACAAUUGUUGGAAUUUAUUUAACUCAAUUAGGUAAAAUUCAUGGAUUAAAGAUUAUAUCAAUUGCAAAUAUAAAAUAUAAAAAUUAUUUAAAACUGAUUGGAGUCGAUUAUGUUGUAGAUAGAUUUAAAUCAAAUAAUGAUAUAAAAAAUGAAAUCGAAACAAUUUCACCAAAUGGUAUUGAAUUUGCAGUUGAUUGUAUAUCUAAGGAAACUUCACAAAAUAUAAUAAAUAUAAUCGAUGAAAUAAACAGGGAAACAACCAAUGAAAACAAAACUAAAUUUUCAAGUAUUGUUGGUAUACCAAAAGAAAUUCCAAAUUCAAUAGAAUUAAAAGAAGUUAUAAUAAAAAAAUUUCAUGAAGAUAAAGAAUUUGGUUCAAAAUUUAUUGAAAUUACAACACACUACUUGAAUAAUUUUAAAAUUAAACCAACUAGAUAUAAACAAUAUAAAGGUGGGUUAGAAAAAAUUACUGAUGCAUUAAAAGAUUUAGAAAAAAUUGGUGCAAAUGGUGAAAAAUAUGUUGUUACUGUGUAG